UUUUCUUACUUUUUUUGACUGUGGUAUAAUAGUGUUCGUUUUUUAGAAUUCGUGAAAGGAAAGAAAAUAAUAAGAAAAUGAGAUUUCUUAUUUGUGUACAGGUGUUAUGCAGCAGAAAUGCAUAAACAAUUAUAGAAAUUACACUUGUUAACAAACUGCUAUUUUGUUACUGCAGUUGAGGUUACGUUUAUAUUUGUUUUGUGUUAUCUUCUUUUGGGCAAAAUGAGUGAUUUACUCUCUGAUUUCUUAAACGACAGGAUUGAACCUGUCCCUGUGUUAGGUGUUGUAAAUGGAAUCAUGGAUUAUGAAAUACCUGAAGAAAAUAACUAUGACACUUCCGAUUCUGAAUCAGAAUCAGACACUGAACAACAGGAAUACAUUAAAAAAGAAUUGAACACCUACUUUCCUGAAGCAGAAGCACCGUGUUCUUCUGGUGGUGGUCUUACCGAUAUUGACGAUGGUCAUGAAGAGUCACUAUUGGGCACAGACAUCAUGGAACUUCUUCAUGUUCCUAAAGUUUUUGAAACUUACAAAUUUGACACUUAUUACAAAAAAGAGUUACCUAUUGAUUCGUCUCGUAAUAAAAUUCUUGACAUGAUUAACACCAACUCCGUUGUAAUUAUUCACGGACCUACAGGCUGUGGUAAAACUACUCAAGUGCCACAGUACAUUUUAGACCAUUGUAGAGCCACAAAAUCGCCAUGCAAUAUUGUAGUUACUCAACCUAGAAGAAUAGCUGCUAUCAAUAUUGCACAACGAGUCUGUGAAGAGCGGGGGUGGGCCUUAGGAACAGUUUGUGGUUAUCAAGUAGGUCUCGAUAAAAAUGUCAGCGAAGAUGUGAUUUUAACUUACGUGACAACAGAAGUUCUGUUACAAAAAUUGAUUUCUCAAAAAAAUUUGAACAGAUAUACUCAUGUGAUUAUUGACGAAGUACACGAACGGAGCAAAACUCUCGACUUUUUGCUUUUAAUUGUAAGAAAAUACCUCUUUACGAACUCACCGUCAGUUAAGAUAAUUCUCAUGUCUGCAACCAUGGAAGCUCAAGAUUUUGCUUACUAUUUUCGAAGCAUCCCACGCAAUAAUCCUCACCAGUAUUUACUGGCUCCGGUGUUACCCGUCACUAAGAAAAGCGAAUUUAAAAUCAGCGUUUAUUACAAUGAACAUUUUGCUUCUGCGAUGCCUUCAUACAACUUUGAAGAGCCUUGUAUGCACAAAGAACAGUACGACGUAUGUGCGAAAUUGAUUAGUCUUUUUGAUAAAUUAGAAGAAAAUGAAAGUAAAUUGAACCCGACGGAACGUAUUAAUGGAAGUGUUUUAGUGUUUUUACCAGGUUUUCACGAAAUUGAAGAAAUGCAUAAAGUUUUAAUGAGGGAGAAAAACACUUCCGUUCUUGAAUGGGAAAUUAUUCCCUUACACUCAUCUCUAGCACAUGAGCACAUGAUCAAAGCUUUCCAGAAACCGCGACCAGGAUGCAGAAAAAUUAUACUGUCGACUAAUAUUGCGGAAAGUUCCGUUACAGUUCCUGAUGUCAAUUUCGUGAUCGAUUUUUGUCUCACGAAAAAUCUGGUGGUAAACGAAGUAACAAAAUUUUCAAGUUUAAGUCUUCAGUGGGCAUCUCAUACAAACUGUAUCCAGAGAGCGGGGAGAGUUGGCCGUGUAGCCAAUGGCAGAGUGUAUCGUGUGGUCCCAGCCAAUUUUUAUCUGCAUGAAAUGAAACAAAGUACUAUUCCUGAACUCCAAAGAGCACCUUUAGAGAACGUCAUUCUCUAUAUGAAAUUGUUGGGUUUAAACGAUACUCCCAAAAAUGUCCUGUCGUUGGCCAUAAGUCCUCCAAAUUUAAAAGAUGUAGAACGAUGUGUCUGGCAUUUGAAAGAAGUGGGAGCUUUGCUGCAAACUUGUAGAGGCCACUUUACCGCCGCUGAUGGUGAUAUUACCUUCAUGGGACGAGUGAUGGGUUCGCUUCCUAUCGACAUACAUUUAUCCAAAUUGAUUAUCUUGGGUCACAUGUUUAGUUGCCUUGAUGAUGCUGUGAUCAUGGCUGCUGGUUGUAUGACAAAAAAUAUCUUUGUUCAAAACUUCCACGAUAGGUUUAGAACUUACAGGUGGAAACUUUCAUGGGCUGAUGGAUCUUGCAGCGACUUUAUGAUUUUACUAAAUUUGUACAAUGUUUGGCUGAAUAUGAAACGAGAGAAUGCGUUCAGUUCGAGCCACGCAGAAAUCAGUUGGUGCAAAAAAAAUUUCGUCAAUUUCAAGGGACUUAGAGAAUGGGAUAUUCUAAUUCGCGAGGUUCAUUCGCGUUUAAAACGACUCAAAAUUCAACAAUUGACAGGACCAGCUAGUAUUCCACUAUCUAUCGUGGAAAAACCGACAGUUCUCAAAGUCAUAAUUUGCGGCGCAUUUUAUCCUUAUUAUUUCAUAAAAUCACCAGAUUUUGGAAAUGCCGACGCAAGAGAAGCUGUUAAAAUACUCAACGGACGCGAUCCUUGCAACACUGUUUAUUUCACUAACAUGAAAUUGAACCAACCGGGACAGAUUUAUGUUAGACAAAUCAAAAAAUUGAUGAAUGACGAAGAUAACCCAAACGUCCGGAUCGGUUUUGAUCCACAAAGCAACAAAGUUUUCGUCGAAUAUAAAAAUUUUAGACAACCAGAACAAGUGACAGUUGAAGGUAGACAGUACAUCGCAACAGUCUCGGGUAACAUAGCUGCGGAGGUUUAUGCAGCUGUGAGGAAAAGACAGUUGAGAGUUCCUUUUCGUUUAGAGAUUUUACCAGACACCAAAGCCUGGGAGUUUGCCAAUAUGACUAAGGCGAAACGACAGAAUUCGGAAAGUGAAGAUGUUAAUUGUUUCACGACUGUCGACUAUUCGCCUUUGCCUACUCUAGAUAUAGAAUAUAUCACUAUUAUUGUAACCCAUAUUAUUGAUGCAGGUCACUUCUAUUGUCAGAAUUGGAAUGAAGAAACUCGUAUUCUCCUUGAUCAAAUUUUUGCAGCUUUGAACGGUCCAGGAGUAUUUCUAGAACCUGCUGGCGAAAAAAUAAAAAUCAACACCGAAAUAUAUGCAGCAGCCUUUAUCGAGGACAGUAAAUUUUAUAGAUGCAAAGUCAUCGCCGAAGAACCUGGUCAACCUCCCAUUGCUCAGGUGCGCUUUAUCGAUUAUGGAAAUGUGCAAAGAGUUCCUAUAAACCGACUUUAUAAAUUACCAGAAAACAAUUAUUGUCGGGCCCAACCCAUCGCGAUGUGUUGCGUUCUUAGCGAAGUGCAACCAGAUCUUGUCCUAAACCCAAAAGCUUUGUGGACUGAAAGGGUCAAUAAUAUUUUUAAGAGGAAAACGACUGGUGUUUUGCUGAAUGCAAAAGUGUAUUCGGUGGUUGACGAUGUCGUCCAUCUUGAAUUAUUCCUGCAAAAUCCUGGUCCGAAUUCGGUCUCAUUCAAUCAAUGGUUGAUCAAUGAAGGACUUGGUCAAAAAUGUGAAGAAAGUCAACUAUCGAAAAUGGACCACGAAAUGCGUCUCAAAGUUCAAAGUUCUGAAGAUCCAAGCAACAUGUGUACUCUUUACAACAAAACUCUAAGUUCGAACAGUUAUGUAGAUUUCGAAGCGCCUGAGUCGAGCGAAGCCACUGAAAUAAUUGAACUGAAGGGCCCUUUCAGCCCCCUUGAAAUAAAAGUUUGUGGUCUGGUUCAGGCCACUGUAGGGGCGCCCGUGCACGUCGACGGUGAUUCUAUCAAUGCUGUGAUAUUAGAUGAUAAUCCUGAAGAUUGUCACGCGAGGUUGCUUGUCGCUGCACAAGUUUCGCAGUCAUCUACAACGUCAAGUAUGAAAAUAUCGCAAACGACGAUCAUGCCAAACAUUCCUGGACUUCCCAUGUUGAUGACUUUACUAUUCUGUCCUCAGAUGGAGCCAAAACUGACACCUGACGGUAGUCGAGUGGCUUCAGUUUUGUGCGGAUUGGGGUACAAGGAAGGCACGGAAAGAGCCAAUUUUCCCAUGCAUGAUAUUUGUCUUGUGCUUGAUACCGAUUUGCGAUCUGAAAUGAUUACUAAGAUAAACGAAUUGAGGUACUACAUGAAUACAGCUAUUAAAACGAUGAGUCAAAUCCACGAAGAGUUGGCAGUACCUGAAGAUUUAUAUACAACUCAACGGUGUCUCAAAGAAGAACUAUUUCGUUUGUUGCAUAUGAGACAACAAACUGUUGAUCGGAUUAAUGUCAAGUUCGCUGAUGUGUGGAAUAAGGGUUUGGAUAAUAUGGAAAUACUCCGGAUUGAUAUGGACGAUGAUGAGGAGGCUAUAUGGUCUUAUCUGUGGUUUGUCAAAUUUAACGAUGAUAAGCGCAAAAAUAUGUCGAUUAAUAAGAAUUUGGAAGAACUUAAUCAAAUUGCGAGAAGGUCGGCAACAGAAAGAGAAAUUGUAUGCGAACUCUGCAAUAGUGCUCCAUUACGUACCAUAAACGAUGUUCGAAUUCAUCUUUUUAGAGAGGGACACAAAUCUAAGCUUGCAAAAUACGAAAACCAAAACAAGUAGACGAGAGAUGUUUAUUCAUUAUCAGUGUUAAUUAUGUUACUUUUUUAAUUUGUGAAUGGAUUAUGUUUUGUAAAAGAAAGUUAAGUUUUAUUUUUUAAUGUUUUGUGAAUCUUACAUUAGAAUGACGUUCUUAAUAAAUCCAUAAUUUUUCAAA